GGCGCCCCGCACGGCCGCAGCCUAUCGCCGCCGCCGCCCCGGCCCUUCCCCCGGCCCGCCCCCCGCCGCGCCCCGGCAGCCGGGGCACCGGCCCAGCCUCAUUCAAACGGCAGCAGCGCCCGGCCCGCCGGCGGCUCCAGAGCUGAGGGAGAACAGUCUUGCUGUUGGUAGAGUGUGUUAAUUGAAAGCAUGUUGGCUACCAAGCUGUGCCGGCCUCUCCUGAACUUCUCUGUGAAAGCCCUGAAUUUCAAGGACCCAGGGAGUGCCUUCAGGCCUGUGCAAAGAUUUUGCUUCCCUCUCUUGUCCUCAUGUGGCAGCCGCUCUUAUGCAAGUGAAGUCGAUCAGAUUGGCAGCAGAGCUGUGCUUAUAACAGGUUGUGACUCAGGGUUUGGAUUUGCCUUGGCCAAGCACCUGCAUGGCAAAGGCUUCAUUGUUUACGCUGGCUGCCUGCAAAAGGACAAGGGAGAUGGUGGCUCCAAGGAGCUGGACAACAUGAACAGUGAUAGAAUGAGAACUGUCCAGCUCAACGUCUGUGACAGCAAAGAAGUGGACCGAGCAGUGGAGCACGUGAAUAGCAGCCUGGAGGACCCACAGAAAGGGCUCUGGGGGCUGGUUAACAAUGCUGGCAUCUCCACAUUCGGGGAAGUCGAGUUCACCAGCAUGGACACCUACAUGGAGGUAGCUGAAGUGAACCUGUGGGGGACUGUGCGAACCACCAAGGCUUUCCUUCCUCUCAUCCGGAGGUCAAAGGGUCGUGUGGUGAACAUCAGUAGCAUGAUGGGUCGGAUGGGCAGUCCUGCCCGGUCACCAUACUGCAUCACCAAGUUUGGCGUGGAAGCCUUCUCCGACUGCCUGCGGUACGAAAUGCAGCCCCAGGGGGUGAUGGUCAGCAUCGUGGAGCCUGGCAACUUCAUAGCUGCCACCAACCUGUACAGCCCUGAGCGAAUCAAAGCCAUAGCUGACAAAAUGUGGGACGAGCUCCCUGAGAUAGUGCGCAAAGACUAUGGCAGGAAGUACUUCGAUGAGCAGGUCAGCAAGAUGGAGACGUACUGCAACAGCGGCUCAACAGACACCUCGCCGGUCAUCGAAAGCGUGGCCCACGCGCUCACCUCCACAACCCCCUACACCCGCUACCACCCCAUGGAUUACUACUGGUGGCUGCGCAUGCAGAUCAUGACACACAUGCCUGCUGCCAUUUCAGAUCGGCUCUAUGUCUAUUGAGGCCUCAUACUCCUAGGCUACCCAGCUCUUAAACCUGCAUCUUAAACCGGACUCCCACAGUUUACAAAGGAUUAUUAUGGAUUAUUCCCAGGGAGCAGGAAGAGAAACUGAGCUCUGAAGAGGGGAGGGGGAUGGUGGUGAUUCAGCAAGGCAGGCACACAGCAGGUCACUGACAGACCCAAAAUAAAACCCUGGGAGAGACUUGUUGGCUUUGUGAUCUUCUCCAGAGUCCUAGCAGUGGUAGCUGCAUCUUGUGGUGCAGGGAGGAGUAUUGUCUCAUUUUCCAGUAAGUCGACUUCUCUCUGGGACUAAAUGUAGCAGUAUGAGCCACAGGAGACCCAGCAGGCACAAGGGCUAACUCGCAAGGCAGAGCAAAACACCUGGAUAACGAUGUUUGCUGCAGAUGACACAGCAGACAGAGAAAAGCCUUUACAAGAAAAGUUCUUGUAGUCUAAAAAUUUAACCCCAAGAUGCUAAGUAACAUAAAAAAUCAUGUAAUUCUGCUUGGGAUGCUAGCUCCCAAUUUUACACACUGCUGUGUUUUAAUACAGACAUCAAUGAAGUUAGGUAUGGAAAAGACUGAGUGCGCAGCUGAGUUAUCUCAGUUUAGCUCAGAGACCCCUGAGAGCAAAUGCAGCAGAUAUUUAGCAGUACCACAUUCAUUCCCAGCCAGAAAGAUAAAGCCAAACAGUGAUAACUGCACUCACAUCUACACAGCAUCUCUUCUGGAGGCUUCUGAACUCUUUCACAUUAGGUGCCCACAGGGAGCCCUGAAGCCAUGCCACCACUCUGGGGCUGGAGGAGAUGUGACGGUAGCGGUGCCCUGCAGUGUGAUUCAUAGGGGACUGUGUGGCCACAUACGAUAGGAAGGUGAUGGCUAGGGUGCUCCUGUGCAUCACGGCUGUUCCUAGGUUUCUGUGCAAGUUUUCCUGAUACGGCGAGAGUUUGGAAGCUGAUACGUGGCCAGGAGGGCAGCAAGCUGGCUAGUUUUCCUGCUGGGAUCUUGGCAAUCCCACAAUUUCAGGGUUUGCCCUGAGAAACACAUUAAAAGCUAAUCCCCUCUGGUUUUGCCUGACUGUCCUUGCGACUCAGUGCAUUCUAGGUCCUGCCUUCAUGGUGCCCCUGUGGCUUCUGGAAUAGGUUCAGCCCACCAAGUUUACUGGCAAACUAAAAAGAACAAAAGCAUAGCAAAGGAGGACUUAGCUGGGCACCUGGUCCUCUGCACUCCCAAAGCUGCCUCAGUGGGAGCUUCUGCCCCCUCAGGAGCAGCUGGGGAGCCUGGAGGGGUCAGUCUGCAGAGGUGCCCACGCCUGGGCUCUCUAGUCUGAUCCCAGCUGGCUGGAGGGAGAGCUCUCCCCACAUUGCUUGCCAGGCAAAGACUGUUGGCGAGGACGCAACAGAUCUCACCAUACAGCAUCCCUUGGGCAACCUGGAGUUAAAAAUAACUUUCCCUUGUGUGGUGGGAGGCAGCAGAGAUGAUGGGGUAAUUUUAACUACAGCUGUUACAUCUUGUUCUGAGCCUUAAUGAGGAAAUCAUGAAGUCCUACCCACUUCAGAACUUUUUGCUCCUAGCGAUGAGGGUGAUGAAUGCUGCAUUUGAGACCAGCAUUUAGUGACCCCUUACUGCCACAUUAUCUGGAUGAAGUGCAGGGAUUUCCCAGUUAGACAGAAAAUAAUUUCACAGCCAGGAAUUCACACAGCUUUGGGAGAGCUGGUCCCAAGCCUGUGCCUCAGCUCCCACAUCCUGGCAGAGGUCUGGCCGAGGCUCCCUUCCAGGCCUCAGCCCUGUGAGUCUGGCUGAGACUCAUGGUCCUGGGCUGGCAGUUUGGAAACAGGACUGCUCUGGAAACAGAAAAGAGGAAAGGACCACUCCUGUUCAGGCAGUGUUAAAUAGCUAAGUGCAGGGCGCCUUCCCCAAUUGAAUUAAAUAUAACAACUAAGUAGAUACUCAAUUAAAUAUAUGAGUGGCUCAGUUGCUGAGCUACAAAGUCAAAUCCCUGUCUGUCCUGAGAUUGGACUGAAGCCAAGGGGCCUUGCUGCAAAGCAUAUGUGCAUCUGCUGGCACUUUGUGGACUAUGGCUUUGAAAAGAAAGUAUCUUCCCAGCAAACAAGAAGGGAGUCGUAAGUAUAACUCACAGAAGAUCUGAUGACACCUCCCUGCGAGAUACCACUCAGGAGUACAGCACCAGUUUCUCUUCCCUCUUUCCCAACAGCGAUGUAAGGCUUGGCAUGCAGCCGUGGGGUACUGCAGACUUAAACUGGUGCUUCCCUCCGUGAGAUGAAGUGCCAGCCUGGUACCACCAAAGCAAUGAGCAGCGAGUUCUUCCUCGCCGUGCAUGAGUACAAGCAGCGGGAGAUGCCAGGGCCAGAGGCAGCCCGUACACCCGUCACACAGACGGCAGGUAGCGCUGGCAGUGCCACCCCCUGCUCGACACCACCCGUCACCUGGGCGUCACAACCCUCACAGGGUGGUGGGUGAAAGGGAUGCUGUGAAUGUGCCCUAAUUUUGGCAGUCAGCUGGGGUAGCACACGCUCCGUCAGCUGGAAAGACUGAGUGCCUGGAAUGGGCUCACCGUCACCCCCUGUCAGCAGAGCGGUGAGGGUGGCCAUGGCAAACACGGGGGUCCCAGCUUGGCCUGUGUUACUGGGGACUUCCACCCACAACCAUGCAGAGAGGGACACGCAGUGGCACAGAUGCCAUUCUGCAGCUCCCUUGCAACCGGUGAGGGACAGGCAGAGGUAGUGGUGUACCACCUUCUACCUUCUAAAGGGCCCCAGGACUUCAGGACUGCCUGGAAGACUGCAGAUCAGGCUGCUCUGCUUCCAUAGCCAGAAGGCAGCUCAUGGCGGUCUGUGGGAAGCGUAGGGGCGAGGAGUCUGGCUAAGAUGUAGGUUGCUAUCUUAAAAUAAUUUUUGCUAUCACAGUGUUUUGUUUGCUACUGAGUGUGGUUAUUCAAAGAUGCCUUUUUGUCAGCAUCUGUCCCCAAUCACAAAUGAGUCUCUCUGUCUUUCUGGGGCUCUACCACCAUAAUGAACUGGAAGAGGAACUGGACCUGUCUGCAGGCUCCUUCAGUCAUCCUCUCCCCUCCCUUCUCUAGCACAAGAUUGUGUAAUUAUUUGUGUGAUGUGGGACAUCUUUAGCAGAAAAGCUUGGGAGA